AUUUCCCGUGGUACUUCCCCUCAAAAACAAGCCAGAGAGUUCAGACAAGAACAAAACGAGAACAAAAUGAGUGCUAGUGCAAGUGAGAAGCGCUCACUAUAUCUUCAAGCUAAGCAGAAAAUAGGAGAGCUAGGAGUAGUGGAAUUCUUUAGGUCUCUGCUUGCCUUGGACAAUGUGUACGAAGGAGAAUCUAAACUGUGUGUGCAAUGUCACUCACACAUCUCUCCUGACUUUGACUUUUGCUCUUCACACUGUGAAAUGAAGUACUGGGAUGAGUUCAACCAUCAGUACACCUACCAUUCAGGGGAGACUCCACUGUGCAAAUUUCCCAGAUGUUUCAAGACUUGCUUCGUUGAGAAUUACGGUCGUGUUCAUGAUUAUUGCAGCAAAUCUCACGCUGGAGAACACCAAAAGAUGAAAGAAGCAGCUGAAAGACAGCAACACACUUCCAGAAACCGGAGGGGAAAGGGUCACUCGUGGAGAGGAGGCCAUCAACUAGGAGGCAGAGGUGGGGCCAGAGGUGGAGGUGGAGCAGGGAAAUCUCAAGCUGGGCGAUAUCAGCAAGGGCAUACUCGAGGAGGUACCAACUAUUCUCACUGCUCGGAUAGUGGAGGUGGAGGUGGAGCAGGGAUGUCUCAAGCCGGGCAAUAUCAGCAAGGGCAUACUCGAGGAGGUACCAACUAUUCUCACUGCUCGGAUAGUCAUGGAACAAUCUAUUUCUAUAAUCGUGGCGAACCAUACUACGAGUUUACUAACUUCUUCCCUGGUGCUGCAUUCAGUCUCGAUGACAGUGAAUGGCCUACUACUGAGCACUAUUUCCAAGCCCAGAAAUUCGUUGGUACACCUUACGUCCACAAGAUUCGGAAUGCCUUCGGGCCACGAGAUGCUUUCGAAUUGUCCCGCAAUCCAGCUAUCUCUCGUUGGAGGAGGAGCGAUUGGGAAGAUGUCAAGAAGGAUGUGAUGAGAAAGGCUCUUUUCGCUAAAUUUACGUCCCACCCAAUUUUGAAAAAGAUGCUUCUUGACACUGGUAAAAGAGAACUUGUUGAACGAUCUCCAUACGAUAGCUACUGGGGAGACGGUGGUGAUGGUACAGGAGAGAACCAUCUUGGAAUAAUUCUCAUGGAACUGAGGGCAAAGCUGCAAGGUGGUCAGUACAAUGAUAUAGAACGAGAUGGUGGUAUGCAAGCAACUCAGAGAGGAACGAUUGUUUCACAAUCCAGUCAGACCUUUGUCUCGACAUGUAGUGGACCCCCAGCCCGUUGCGGCAUUCCAACAAGUAGCGAAUUAGAGCGGCCUCCACUACGUAUACAUGGCACUUCAAGCACCAAACAUGAGACAACACCAAUGGAUACGAAUGAUGUUGAGAAACGAAAUAAUUCGAGCAACACAAAAGAUCUGAUAACCUUCUCACAGGAUUCUACACUCUUUGCUAAUAGUGGUGAUGCUGUUAGCAUUGCAACUCAAACUGAUUCUGAUUCUGAAAAACAAGCACUAGAUGCUGAUAUAAUGGACACUAACUAGAACACGUACUAAUGUUAGUCCGUAGCUAGCUGUGUGUGUUGUGUGUCUCUUGAGUGCACUAUACAUUUUAAUAUACAGUACAGUGUUGUUUCUGCAAUGUUUA